GUGGCCUGAGUUGUGCGGUGGGGGUAUGUGGUGGUGGUGGUGGUGUGGUUGAGCGCUGGCUUGUGAAUGAAGAUCAGGAGAUGAGAACGGCAAGGAUCAUCACCUGGCAAUGAUUGUCUCUAACAGCUGUUUGUCAUUGCAGUGAGAUUUGGAGACUGAUUUAAGAGCAAGCUGGAUGCCAGUGAGGGAGAGAGAGAGCUACCACACAACCCUGAGGCUGCAAUCAGGAGCGCGGAUGGAACGACCCGCCACAGUUUUCAUAUGGCUUGCAGAAGGAUUCAGGUGGACAAAAGCGGAAUGUACUCAACAAGAGGGUGCACUCACCACAACUUACAGCUUUCUAGCAGAUGCCAGAAGGUUCUGUGCCAAAAUUAACUGGUACUUGGAGCUAUUCAUGAUUCACUCCACCUUCACUAAAGCCCCAUUUCCAGCUGAAGAAAAGCAGCCCCAAAGCAUUAUGCUGCCACCUCCAUGCUUCACAGUGGGUUCUGGAUCAGGGUUGCCACCCACACCAUUGGACAGGCUAACAUCUCCCAGAGACAGAAAGCCCCCUCCAAUGGAUGGGGUCACCCCACCUUCCAUAUGUCCCAGUAUCCCCUCAGAUGUAACUGUGAUGGCAGAGAGUGAGCCAUGCAUUGAAGAUGUGCAAGCACCACUUUAUUGGGCAUUGCAAGCAUGCAGACAUACUGUCAAGGGGACACCUAUAAUAAAGACAUUAACCAAAAGGUUGACCUGUGUUCUCAAGAUGAGUGUUCUUCAAAAAUUUCAGAAACAGAUAUGUGAUGAUGUAGAAAGACGCCUAAUGCUUUUUGAGAACAUGUGGAAAAGUGGGAAACUUUCUCCUUUGGUUAAACGAAGAAUGCAUAGGUUGUCCCAAGUGGUGCUUUGAGAUCAAGAACAAUCAUAACAACAAACAGUUGCGUGAGGGAUUCACAUCGAUCUUGAACCCUCGCCGCUCAGGAACAACCAUAACAACAACAAAGAGUUGUGGUAAGUCAUGGCAUCCGCUCAUGUUAUUGCUUCCUGCAUUACAUGCCACAUGUUUACUAUAGCUUCUUCCGUCAGUAGUGAGGGUUUUACAUGUGACAAAUGUAAGGAAUUAGUCAGGCUGACGGAGAAGAUUAAUGAGUUAGACACGCAUCGAACGGCAGUGGAGGUCAGUGAGAAAGAGAAGCCAGUAGAUACUAUUUUGGAUGCGGGUAGUACAGCAAUUUAUAGACAGUUGAAAGAAUUUUUGGGGUAGACCUGACCUGCUUAGGAGCGACGGACUCCAUCCCUCCAGGGAAGGUGCUGCUCUUCUCUCUAGUAAUUUGGCUCAUAGUCUUAAUAGUGAUAGUAUUUGACUAACUGGGGUCCAGGUCAGGAAGCAGACAAUCUGGCUAAUCCAAACAUCUGCUAGUUGCCUUGAGACAUCACACAGGUCACAAACUACAACACACAGAGACUGUAUCACCUAGAUAUCAUAUAGAGACUGUGUCUGUUCCCCGAACUACCAAACACAAAACGUAUCAUGGCUGACCCUGCACUCUGACCCCAGCCUAGCUGGGAUAUGUGAAAAAGAAGAAUUUCACUGUAUAUGUGCAAAUGUAUAAUGUGUGAUAAAUAAAGAAAAUUAUAAUUAAUUAUUAUAAAAAAAGCCACAACAUGUAUGUUAGAUUCAGUACUAACUAAGCUCUUAAAAGAGGUGUUCCCUGUAAUCUAAUUAAUAUUAUUGACUCCUUGCUAUCCUUAGGACAUGUCCCAAGAAACUUUAAAAUGGCAGUUAUCAAACUGCUUAUUAAGAAGCCACUGCUUGAUCCUGGAGAAUUUAUAGACUGAUUUCAAAUCUCCCAUUUAUGUCAAAAAUACUAGAAAAGGUAGGUCCUCCCAACUAUGUUCAUUUCUACAGAGAAAUAGUAUAUAUGAACAUUUUCAGUCAGGAUUUAAGCCCCACCACAGUACAGAGACUGCACUUAUCAGAGUUACAAAUUACUUGCUCUUAUCAUCCGAUCACGGCUGCAUUUCUCUUAUAGUGCUUUUAGAUCUUAGUGCUGCCUUCGACACCAUAGAUCAUGACAUUCUCUUGAAUAGGCUUGAGAAUUAUGUUGGCAUUUGUGGACUUGCAUUAGCAUGGUUUAGGUCCUAUUUAGCAGACCGCUACCACUUUUUCUAUGUAAACGAGGAAUUGUCAAAUCAAAUUAAAGUAUGGAGUGACACAGAAAUCAGUUUUAGGGCCUUUACUUUUCUCCUUAUAUAUGCUUCCCCUGGGAGAUAUCAGGAAUCGUGUAAAGUUUCCACUGUUAUGCCGAUGAUACCCAACUUUAUAUUUCUUCGAAACCCGACGAAAUUUCACUAUUAUCCAAAUUAGCAGAGUUUAUCAAUGAAAUCAAACAUUGGAUGGCCAUAAAUUUCCUUCAGCUCAAUUCCAACAAAACAGAGGUACUAAUUAUUGGACCAAAAACCUCUAAAAACAAGCCGCUAAAAUAUAAUUUGACUCUCAAUGGAUGUAGUUAUAUCAUCUUCUACAGCGAAGAAAUUAGGUGUUAUAUUUAAUACCAAUCUGUCCUUUGAAAAUCAAAUUACCAAUGUUUGUAGAACAGCAUUCUUCCACCUCAGAAAUAUUGCUAAGUUACAACACAUGCUCUGUUGCUGAUACCAAAAAACAAAUUAAUGCGUUCAUGACCUCAAGACUAGAUUAUUGUAAUGCAUUACUGGGAGGAUGUCCAGCAAAUUCAAUAAAUAAACUUCAAUUGGUUCAAAAUGCAGCAGCCAGAGUGCUGACUAGAACCAAGAAAUAUGAUCAUAUUAGCCCAAUUUUAUCGUUGUUUCUUUGGCUACCUGUUAUAUUUAGUAUUUUAAAAUUUUGUUAACUAUGUACGAAGCUUUGAAUGGUCUAGCUCUGCAGUACUUAAGUGACCUUCUACCAUGUUAUAUUCCAUCACGUUCAUUACAAUCACAAAACUCUGGCCUGUUAAUAGUUCCUAGAAUAAAAAAAUCCACAAAAGGAGGUAGAUCCUUUUCCUGUUUGGCUCCUAUGGAAUAGUCUCCCUAACACAGUUCGGGAUGCAGACACACUCACUGAGUUCAAGUCUAGACUAAAAACACAUCUAUUUAACCAGGCAUACACCUAAUUUAUCCAUCAACUCACAAUUAGGCUGCUUUAGUUAGGUCUGCCGGAACCAGAAACAUUUAUAUAUCUGCUAAAAAUUGAGUGGCAUCUACGCUAAUAUUAUUCUGUUUGUAUCCCUGUCUCAACCUCGGGAUUCCUAUCCUGAGGUCACCAGAACUGGCCAGAUCCAGCUCUGUUCCUGCUUUGUGUUGGACUCCACUGCUACGUGUUUCUGAGUGAUGACGACUAAAUGCAGCCGGUGCCAGCCAAACAUAGUCUAUUACGAUGGACCUCAGAGGAUGAACUGAUGCCAACUCCAACCAUAAGACAUGAGAUGCUUCAUGCCAUUGCCUGAACCUUGGACCUCACCAAAAUGACCAUCCGGUUGAACUUCGAUGCAUCUCAUUCAUAUCUGCCUGCAUCACCUUGGUCUAAUGAUGGACUACACUCUUAAUAUGGAAUACAUAGACUAUAAUUUAAUUGCCAACAAAAGCCUUCAUCAGCCAACUAACAAAGGACAAUGCAUCUAUGUGAACUUCUGCAGUUAAUCCAGGAUGAACUUCAAAGACAUUAGUCAUUAAUCUUACAGUUCAUACAAAAUCUCUGUUUAAACACUGGCCCUUAACACUUACUUAGUUUACUCAUUUUAAACCAUGACUUGCACUGCACAUAAAUAAGUAAUAUUGGCAUUAUAUUCAUGCUGUUUAGCCAGAGGGGAACUGGCCCCCACAGUGAGCCUGGUUUCUCCCAAGGUUAUUUUUCUCCAUUAACCAACAUCUUAUGGAGUUUUGUGUUCCUUGCCACAGUCGCCUUCGGCUUGCUCACUGGGGUUCUAAAUACAAUUAUUAUUUCAUUAUAUAUUUUUAUACACAAUUUACAAUUGUAUUUAAUCAAACUACACAAUGAUGAUUCUAAUACUUUAUAGAUAUUACAGUUGAAUUUUCUGUUAAUGCAUUAUUUUCUGUAAAGCUACUUUGAAAAGCGCUAUACAAAUAAAAAUGACUUGAUUUGACUUGAA